AUGCUCACCAAAGAAUGCGGUAGGGCGUGCAGAAAUUUCCCCACCGGGUGCCCCACAUCGGCUUCGAAAGAGCACCGAACCCACGUCAUUCAUGCUUUCUACUACAUCCGCCAGUUUCAACUGCCACGACGACCCGUAUCUUCGCAGCUACCCAAUACAUACCGAGCUGUUACUAUGUCCGCCGAAGCACUGCCUAUCACACCUGCGCGGUUUGCCGCUGCUCUCGCCGAUCUCCCCAUAUCCUCACUCUACGCAAAGCACGCCGAGCUUACCAACAACAUCAUACAUCUCGAGUCCAGCAACAAACAACUAGAAGACUUCGCGCGUGAGCACGACGAUCGCGAUUGCUAUGAGGCACUCUUAGAGAAUCGGCAGGUCAUGAAGAACUUCAACGAGCGCAUGGAUCUGAUCAGGAAAGAAGUCGAAGAAGUUCGAGGACUGCCGUGGAGACCGAGAGACGAGGGCGAGGUCAGGAAAGAGGAGGGCGAUAUUGGGCUGAAUGGUACAGCACCGAUACAGAACGGAACUAAUACAAUCACUUCAGGUGCCCCUCCUGCAGCGCAAGAGCAGAACAGCACUGCAGCGCAGAACGGGGAGGAUGAGGAGGGCGUAUAUCUAUGA